GUUCUACCUCUUUUCUUCCUAAGAAACACCAACAAAGUUCAGGACUGAAAUUGGAUGGUUUCGUUUAGUUAUUGUUACUCUCAAAUUUGAAUCAUGAAGACCAAGUAUUCUUCAAAAAAGGAAUCCAAAGGCAAAGAUUCAGCCAAUUAUCAGAGCAACGGUAAACAUAAAGAUGGAAGGAGCCAAUCAUCAGAAACUACUGAAGAAUUUGAUUUUGCUUUUCCUAUAUUACAAACUGUUGAUAGGACAAGACAUCUUCAUUGUUAUUCUUCAAUUUUGGCUCGUAGUAAAGAUGAACCUGUUACAAUGGAAGAUCUUGAUAGGCUUCAACCAGAACUGGAAGUUAUGUUUUCCUGUGCUGCAAUCAGGGUUCGUACUCUGAAAGCAGAAAUAACUGCAUUGACCAAUGCUGAAGAAAAUAAAGCAGAAAUCAAACCAGUAUCCUUAGUCAUGAGUCAGAAAAAAAGAAAGCUCAGUGAUGCUCGUUUUACCAAAUCUUUAAAGGAUUUAUCAAAAGUUCGUAACCGAGAUGGACUUAACAAAGACAGUGUAUCCAGUGAAAAUGACACGGACAAUUCAGGAGAUGUUGUCAAUGAAACACCUGCAGAGUCUUCAAAGGUUACAAUACCAAAGAAUGAUACUCCUAAUAAGUUUUGGGCCUAUGUGGAACCUUAUGCCAAAGAUAUAACUAAAGAAAACAUAAAGGACCUUGAAGAUCUCGUGGCAGCUUGUGAUACUGAUUUAGGUGGUGUGAAUAUUCCUCCUCUUGGUCGUCAUUAUAGUGCUAACUGGGCGGAAGAAGAUCUUAACCAGGAAAGAGGAAGUUCUGAUAAAGCAGAGAUUUCUGGCAUGAUAAAAAAAGCAGCUACUCUUUGUGAAAGAACACCAGGACCCUUAGUGCAAAGGUUGGUUUCAGCUUUGAUGGAAGAUCCUUCAAAUGAUUCUUUCAGUAAACUUGAUUCUGAUUCAGAUAGCUGCCCUUACUUAAGUAAACUGCCAUUAUUUCAUACUACAGCCUGUUUUGAGAGGAGGCUUAAAAGGGAACUUGAAGCUGUUGGAUUUUUGGAUGGAGAAAAUGAUGAUAAUGAUGAAAUAAUGACAGAGAUUAAAAAAUGUGAAGAAGAAUUGAAAAUCGUAGCUGGUCAGAAUAAGGAACAGUUAGAGCUUCUCAUUUCCAAAGCAAAAUAUGAAAUGAAACGACAAGAAGUAAAGAGUAGAAUUAGAGCAAUUGAAACUGAGUUGACUGAAGUAUAUAGAAAGACUACUGCUGCAAAAUUGAAGAAAAAACAACUGAAAAAGAAAGAAAAGGAUCAAGCCUGGAAAAUUCUCAAAAAAAGAGAACAACUUCUUAAAACCUUAGAAAACAUGUGAUAAAAAAUUGUAAAAAAUAUUAGAUGUUUUAUAUAUUGUAUUAUAUAUGUAUAGUAAAAGAUUUUAUAAUAACCAUUUUAAUUUGUUAUGAAAUUGUUAUUUUUUUUUUAAAGUAUCUAGAAUUGAAGUUGGUAGUUUUCGUUUCUUCUUAUAUAUUAUGUAUAUUAUUUUUAAAAAUCUUAUGGUGUUAUCAUUAAGAUAAUAAAAGUUCUCUUAAAAAAAUAAAACAAUACUUCAAGAAUA